UCUCAGCGUCUCUCCUUUCUCUCUCUCUCUCUCUCUCUCUCUCUCUCUCUCUCUUUGAUCAAGCUCUUCCUCUCCAUUUCUUAUUCCCGCCCGCCAUACCAGUUGUCAUUUAUGAUAAUUCUACAUCUUUAACUCAAGCUGUCCAACUUCUUUUUUAACUUUUGGUCUGCUUCCUCAGUCCUCAUUAGCCUUAUGAAUCUGGCAAGAAACACAACAAAGUAUCCUUGUGAUUUUGGUUUCAACUCGAGCCUGAAAAAUUCGUAGAGUGGAAGAUAAAAAGGUGAAGAGGGAAGUGCGAAAUGGGAUGUACCACAUCAAAGCUGGAAGAUGAAGAAGCAGUUCAGCUUUGUAAAGAUAGAAAGAGAUUCAUCAAACAAGCUGUUGAGCAAAGAACUCGAUUUGCCUUGGGACACCUAGCUUAUAUUCAGUCAAUGAAAAAAGUGUCAGCUGCUCUACGUGAUUAUAUCGAAGGAGACGAGCCUCGUGAGUUCUUAUUGGAUUCAUUCAUAACCCCACCUUACACACCUAUAAAGAAAGCAAGUCCUGGUUUUAUAUCAAUCUCACCAAAACCCUUCUCAAAGCCACAAAUCCAAUCAGAAUCCAAUUCAACCUUGAAAGUAAAUUAUCUAAGAUCAGGUGGAAAUCCAGCAAUUUCGGUUGAGGAAAGACCUCAAUCACCGGAAACAGUUAGAGUUGAAGCUUACUCUCCAAUCCACCAGUAUGGGAUGGAUGGUUUUUUCACAACGCAAACCCCACCAAUGAAUUCUUCAAUCUUUUCUUAUUCCCCAGUUAAUAGACCCAACAUUCCUCCUCCUUCACCUCAAACUUCUCAAUGGGAUUUCUUUUGGAACCCAUUUUCAUCAUUGGACUACUAUGGCUACUCCACUCGGAGUAGCCUUGAUCACAUUGUCAUGGAUGAUGAUAUCAGAGGACUAAGGCAGGUCCGAGAAGAAGAAGGGAUUCCUGACUUGGAAGAAGAUGAAAUUGAACAAGAAGAAUCAAAUAAAAAGGCAAGUGUAACAGAUGAACGAGCUAAAAUUAAUCCCAACUGCAGUGGGGAAGAAGUUAUUGUUGAAGAUGUUAAUGAUGAUGAGGAUGAGGAUGAGGAUGAUGAUGAUGAUGAUGAUGAUGAUGAUGACUGUGAUGAUGAGGAAGUAACAGAUACUGGAGCUGAAAUUGAGCAUGAAGGAAAUGGAGUACAAUCAAAUGGAAGAACACGCAUAGAGGUAUCACGAGCUCAAGCCAUAAGACAGGUUGACAAUGUUAAGCAAGAAAUGGCUGUUGGUGGUCAAGAAGCCAAGGAUGAAACACCAGGUUUUACUGUUUACGUAAAUCGAAGGCCUACUAGCAUGGCAGAAGUUAUCAAGGAUCUAGAAACUCAGUUCAUGACUGUUUGCAAUUCAGCCAGUGAGGUCUCAGGGCUUUUAGAGGCCAGCAGAGCUCCAUACUCGUCCACUUCCAGUGAACUCACAGGGAUGAAGAUGUUGAACCCAGUAGCUCUGUUUCGUUCAGCUUCAUCUCGUUCGUCCUCAUCAAGAUUCUUAAUUAAUUCUUCAAGCUCUAAAGAUGAAGAUGAUGAAAGUAGCAGUGACUUCUCUGAGGAAACCUGCAUGUUUUCUGGUAGUCAUCAAUCAACAUUGGACAGAUUAUAUGCCUGGGAGAAGAAACUCUAUGACGAAGUUCGGUCUGGAGAACGGGUUCGAAUUGCAUAUGAGAAGAAAUGUAAGCAACUUAGAAACCAGGUUGUCAAAGGAGAUGACCCAACUGCUGUGGAAAAAACAAGAGCAUCCAUAAGAGAUGUGCAUACCCAGAUAAAGGUUUCAAUACACUCGAUCGAAGCUAUUUCAAAAAGGAUUGAAACUUUAAGGGAUGAAGAGUUGCAGCCUCAACUAUUAGAACUGAUACAAGGGUUAGCAAGAAUGUGGAAGGUAAUGGCAGAGUGUCAUCAAACACAGAAGCGCACCUUAGACGAAGCCAAGCUUUUACUAGCAGGCACACCUUCAAAGCUAGAUGCUAAGAGAAGACAUUCAUCCAUGUCAGUAACCGAUCCACACAGGCUAGCCCAUUCGGCUGCCAAUCUUGAAUCAGAGCUGAGGAAUUGGCGAGCCUGUUUCGAGUCAUGGAUUGCUUCUCAAAGAUCCUAUGUGCAUGCAUUAACAGGAUGGCUCCUUCGUUGUGCGCGGUCUGAACCUGAUACAUCAAAGCUACCGUUCUCUCCUCGAAGGUCCAGUAGUGGAGCUCUUCCCAUCUUUGGAUUCUGCAUACAAUGGUCACGGAUUCUUGAUGCCGUCUGUGAAAAGCCAGUGCUGGAAGGGCUGGAUUUUUUUGCAGCCGGGAUGGGGUCACUCUAUGCACAACAGCUUAAAGAAGAUUCCCGACGUGUUCCUGUUGGUUCCAGGAGAUUUUCGUCAGGAUUCCAUGAAGAAGACAGUGAGAAAAUGGAAAUGGUUGAGGUUGGACAGGUAGAAGAAGUAAUGACUGCAGAGAAAAUGGCUGAGGUUGCCAUAAGAGUGCUCUGCGCUGGAAUGUCAGUUGCUCUGAGCUCACUGACUGAGUUUGCUAUUGGUUCUGCUGAAGGAUACACUGAACUUGUUAACCAAUGGGAAAACGCCAAGCGGCCACGUGUCUCAAGUGGGAUCGCAACAUAAUCAUGUGGAAUAUUCUGGGGUAGUUUAGCUAUGGGGGAACGAAUCAAUGUAAUUACAGAUAUGUAGGAUAGAGUUUUUGUCUUUCCCCUGUUCUUAUAUUUUACUUGGCUUUGAGAUGGUUGACUGAUCUCUGAGAAGUAUAGAAGAAAACUAGAGGUCACAAACAAAGUGUUAGUGAGAGUCUGAAAUAGGUUGUAAAUCUUGAAAUUUUCAGGUUUAAUUUCUUAAUCCGUCCAUGUAGCUUCCUUCA